AUUAGAUAAGCUUAUGGGAUAAAAACACAGUAAAUAGUCUAAAAAUGGAAAUAUACAAUGACAACUGAACAAUUAUAGAUUGUCUUACAAACGUAAAAGAUUCUGGCUAGAUAAACGGACGAGAGGAGAGAGGAGAAGAGAUAGAGAUAGAGAGAAAGAUAGAUAGAUAGACGGAAAAAUAACUCCACCCCAAGUUAGAAUUCGUCUGCUUCUAGGUUAUUACUAUUAAUAUUAUUAUUAUUAUUACUAUUAAGUUUAAAAUUAAUUACGGCUUAUUAACGUCAUUGGCGUAUUUUGCAGAAGAAUGACGAAUAAAGAGAUAAUUGUAUCUUCACCUAUAGCGGAUCUUGAAAUACCUGACAAUGUGAAUUUUUCUUCGUAUAUUCUGCGAGAGGCGGAAAAGUAUUCAAAUAAUACAUGCCUGGUUUGUUUAUUAGAUAUCCUAUUAUAAAUACCUUCGAAUGGGUGCUUGUAACCGCUAAUUUCUGUCCAGAUAAAUACGGCCUAUACUAGGGAGGAAUUAACGUACAAGGACUUUAUAGAAUUGGUUUAUAACUUUGCCCUAAAUUUACAAAAACGUUUCAAAAAAGGCGAUAGAAUAAUGACAUGUUUGUCAAACUCUUUUCACGUUCCUAUAAUUGCGCAUGCUUCCAUGCUAUCCGGAAUGAUAUUCUGUCCUGUCAGUCCAUCUUAUUCAACAAUCGAACUGGAACAUGCUGUCAAAAUUAUCAAUCCUCACUGCAUAUUUGCGGGAAAUUCGACUAUUGAAAAAUUGAAGAAGAUGGCAUUAGAAAAAAUUUGCAAUGUCAUAAGUAAUAUUUACGAGAUAGAUGACUCUGGUAGUGUUGGAUCAUUUUGUGGAUUUUUAAAGGAGAAAACUAGUAUAAAACCUACUUUGGAAACGUGUAACGGGAGAGAACAAGUAGCAGCCAUUUUGCUAUCGAGUGGUACUACUGGUCUUCAAAAGGCAGUUCAAAUAACCCAUACAAACUUUAUAGCUCAGAAUUACGCUGUCAGGCAUCCCUAUUAUGACGAUGGACAACACGGUCAAGAGACUGUUAUUGCUACUGUGCCUCUGUUUCAUGUUUUUGGAAUAGUUGCUUUUCUAUCUAAUGCUCUCUUUAAAGGUUAUACCAUUGUUUUAAUGCCUAGAUUUCAACUUGAAAAGUAUAUUGAUACUGUUUACAAAUACAAGGCGACAAUUCUUCACGUUCCUCCAAAGAUUGUUGGCCUUUUGGCAACAAAUCUCCACAUCAAUCCAAAUCAUUUGAAGAGCGUUAAGGAACUUCGAGUAGGCUCCUCAGCUUUAACAGUGACUUUGGUAGAGAAAAUUAAGUCCAAGUAUCCCUUUAUAAAGUGUAUUAAACAAGGUUAUGGCCUAACAGAAUGUACAGCAGUAUGCCAUAUGCAAACUCCAGUUUAUGGAAAGCAUUGCGUUAUUGGAUCAGUUGGAUGUUUAGUACCGAAUGUGAGGGCAAAGGUUGUCGAUAUAGAUACUAGGAAAAGUCUAGAGGCAAACAAACCUGGAGAAAUUUUAAUUCAGGGACUCGUUGUUACUAAAGGUUAUUUUAACAAUGACGAAGCUACAAGGAAUACUAUGGAGGGUAAUUGGUUAAAAACUGGCGAUAUAGGCUAUUACGACAAUAAAGGGAAUUUUUACGUAAUUGAUAGAUUAAAGGAAUUAAUCAAAUGUAACGGAUUCCAGGUUUCACCCACCGAACUCGAAAACCUUCUGAUAUCUCUUAAUGGUAUUGCGGACGUAGCAGUCGUAGGUAUUCCAGACGAUCUAUCGGGAGAAUUACCACACGCCUUUAUCGUUAAAAACUCUAAGCUUACUCUAACAAAGAGAGAAAUUAUCAAUUACAUUAACGACAAAGUAUCGUCCUACAAAAGGUUGAGAGGAGUAACGUUCUUGGACGCUAUUCCUAGAAAUUCAGUUGGAAAAAUCCUAAGAAGAGAAUUAAAGAAAAUCGACACUAAUGAAAAAUUUUAUGCAAAACUAUAA